UAUUUGCCCUCGUAAUCUCAUGUCUAACGUUACACUCCACCAAAACGCCUACAAUGGAUCAACCCGAGAACGAGGCGGAGUACUCGACGAGCCCAGAGGCCGACACUAAGCGCCGAAAGCUUCGGAAGGGAACCAAGAGCUGUUGGCACUGCAAGAAACGAAAAGUCAAGUGUAUAUUUGAUGCCACGUCAGAGACUGUGUGCAUUGCCUGUCGCCGUCGUGGCGCAGCAUGUAUAGGCCAAGACCAACCGGAAGGAGAACUCCAGCUCCAGGCGGAGAGCAAUGGCGACACCGUUCUCAGUCGCAUCCAGAGGGUGGAAGGACUUCUCGAGCAACUAGUUGAAGUCAGCCAUAAUGUCAAGAGAGAUAUCGCUCUAGCUGCGCCCAGGCUGCCCGCACACAAGAGGUCGGGCUACUUCACUCCGAAUAGCGACUACCAAUCCCAUGGCGACCACCAAUUUCAUGGCUCGUUGGAUGUCUCGCCUCAGUCGUGUGCUGUCAACACUCCAGCAGAAUCAUGUAUUAGGACAAGCAACGUCGCUGGUCGCAUGACGGACGAGUCCAGGAAGGUUUCCGAAGAACUAGUCAAGGCGUUUCCUUCGCAACAAGACAUCGAUAUCUUUUGCAAGUUGGACUACAUCACUACAUUCUAUUGCCAUCAGUGGUUCACGAAGUCGGGCGAUCGCCCUGAGCACGAGGCGUUCCAGUUCGUCAAUGAUAUCGCCAAGAUCCCUGACCCUUCCACAACACCACUGGUCCUAGUAGCGAAACGGAUGAUCAUCUUCGCUUUGUUCCUGCAGUACUUUCGAUCGCAGUAUACUUGUAGUCUUGAAGAAGACCCCGUGGUAGUCAUGGAAAGGUUGGUGGACACGGCAGUACGGUUGGUAACUACGAACGAUAGGAUUGUUGGCUGCAUCGAAGGUCUUGAGUGUGUUAUACUCGAAGGUGUCUUUCACUUCAAUGGUGGUAACCUGCGACGGGCGUGGCUGGCUUUCAGGAAGGCCAUGGUCUUCGCCCAGCUGAUGAAGAUUGAUCAUCCAAAUCCGCCGCCGGCCAAGUUCCUCGACGCAAGUGCCCAAAUGAACCCAAAAUUCAUGUGGUUCCGUAUCGUUUAUAUGGACAGCCAUCUGAGUCUCAUGCUUGGGCUCCCACAUGGCGGACACGAGACCAACAUGGAGAACGAAAUCCCGGGCGAGAAGCCAGGUUGUAAACUCGAGCGGGUGCAUACCCUUAUCGCGAGACGCAUCAUCGAUCGUAACAGACGCGAGCCUUUCCUUCGGGAUUUCACCACAACACGAGAACUCGAUCGAGAGCUCCUUAGCGUUACGAAGGCCCUCCCAGAUAGAUAUUGGUCGCCCCCGAACUUUACUACACUUCAACCAAACACCCAGGAAGCAUUCUGGGAAACGAUGCGACUUUCUAACCAGCUCCACCACUACAACCUUGUGCAUCUCUUGCACCUUCCAUACCUCCUACGCUGCGACAAAGAGAACAGUUAUCACGCAUAUGCUAAGAUAACCUGCGUCAAUGCUUGUCGCGAGAUACUCACUCGAUUCAUCAGGUUUCGCCAGUUCAAUCGCCAUAUGGUCACUAUCUUCUGUCGUACCGGUGAUUUCUUCGCAUUGAUGGCGGGCAUGACCAUCCUUCUAGCUCAUAUCGACAGUCAUAGGCUAGAAGUCGAGGACUGGCGGGCACAUCAGCGAAUCGGUGAUCGCGCCAUGGUCGGACAGCUUCUCGAGAAUCUAGACGAAAUGGGAAAGCACACAAAUGACAGCCUUACCCACAAGAGCGCCGAGCAAUUGCGUUGUUUGCUAGAAGUUGAAAGUGGUGCGGCCCGCGGCGAGGGCCAUUCUGCCCACAACGCUUUGAGUCGUCUUGAAGAGCACAGCGGCGAGCUUCAACUCUCCAUUCCCUACUUUGGCAUCAUCAAGAUCGGCCGCGAGGGCAUCACAAAGAACUGGCCAACCGAUCCGAAUGUCCCACAACCUGUGCCAGCUGACAUUCCGGGCUCUGUCCAUGUGGCCAAUCACCUAUUGUCUGCCGCUGGCUUCGGUGAGGCUCUCUACCAAGACGCCCAAGCAGGUCCCUUUCUAGCGAUACCUGAUGUGCAAUCGAUGACAGUGUCGCAAACAGCCCUUGCUAUUAGUAGCCCAGAAGAGAAUAUCCAUCAGCAGCAAUUGCAGUUCCCAGGGCUGGCGGCGAGUAUAGACGAUUGGGCGUUCCAGGGUGUUGAUGCAGCCUUCUUCGAUACCUUAACGAGAGGGACUGUUGGGGAGAAUUAGACAGCCCAACAGCUUACAUGGAUCUGCUCUAUGAACCCGCCGGAGGUGCUGUUGCAUAACACUGAGGAUGCGUAGGGCAAUAGCAGGGAAGGCUACGAUGCGCAACAGUCGCCAACAGAGGAUCAUUUCGCCGAAGAAUUCGUGGAUAUGUUUUGGACGCUGACGGCAUGCUGGAACUGCACAGCUCGAUCUCAUUCCAGCUCCUCGCACUAGGGUGCAUCUUUCCCUAAUCUCCCUGCUCACUCGCUUGGCCAUGGCCGCUCCGUUGUAUGUGUCGAAAUAGCGCGCGGGACGAAAUGAUUGCGGAAGCAGUCGAGUCAUAACGGCAGGUUGGGUAUAGAAUGGAGCGGAAAGAUGUUGCAGGCCCCAUCGAUAGCGGUGAGACGGUU